ACGAUGAUGGGACGGACGAGACGCGGACCCCAGCACUCCCCCUCCGUCUCCACGCCCGUCCUAAUAAAUCGCCCCCGGCUCCAAUUCCCCUUCUUUCUCUUUAAUCUUGCGCGUACUCGCGUCGAAUCCAAUCCUUCAAUAAUACAGCCACACAUUUUCGCCAUGCUGCCGCGGCUGUUCCUGCGCCCGGCGACCACGAGCCAAGAACACGCACGGCGGCAUCCCUGAGCAGGCAAAAACGAUUCCUUUCUUGGAUUCCAGUUCCCAAGCGUGCGCGCGAAUUUUUCCUCACCGGCAAAGGUGAGCUUCCCCUGCCAAAAAGAACGUCAAUCAAAUGUUUUCGAGGUACGUGUUGUUGAAUUCGGCGUUUCUUCAAAAAAAGGAACAAAUUUUGUCAGCGUUUCUUGACAUGGCUGUCUGCUUUAAUAAUGGGCGCGCGGUUGGUUAGAUUGCCAAGCCAGAUGCAUUGCUCGGGGCGCUUGGGCCAUGCGAGGUGCGGGAUUUGGGAGAUGCGUGUAAUUGAAUAGUUAGAUUUGGCGCGAUUUGUUUAUGCUAAUCACUCUCUCUCUCCCGUGCGACCGUGCUCCCCCCGCGUCCUCUCUUCUUUUCUCGUCCCCUAUUGCCGCUGAGGCAAUUCAGCGCCGCUUUACUGUUAUAUAGCUGCGUCUCCGGACAGGGCUCCUAUGAGAUGUGUUUGCCCAUUGUUUCUUUUUCUUUCCUCGCAGCACCGUGCCUGCCCCAAAGAUCCAUGGAGGGGUGCCAAUUGCUAAUUGGCUGUAGGACGGAGAUGGAGGAUGAGGCGUUCUUUGACACGCGAGAGGAGCUGACGGCGUCGCCGGCGCCCAGCCCGGGCGCCGCAUUGCUGUGGUCAGGCGGCCUCGACAGUGUGUGGGAGCGGAGGGAGCGGUUCAUGAGAAGCAUGGGCCUGGAGCGCGGCCCCAGCCCCCAACAGCCGGCUUCUGUGGAUACCGUCGGCGAUGUUGUGAAGGAUGAUGAGGUUGUGCCGGAGUUUGGGAGAUUGUUGUCGCAGUCGGAUGAGAAUGACUGCUCGAUGUCGAGUUGGUCGACGGAGGGGACGGCGAGCUAUGAGGAUGGUGCCUCGGAUGACAAUUCCGUGAGUGGAUCCAGUAGGGAUGAUGGUAGCAGCAAGGUGGGCAGGAGUUUCAGUUCACUGUCAUUCAUCCAGAGGCUCAUGAGCCGCAGCCGUAAGCCCUCUGGUGCUCCCAAGGCGAUCGAGAGGAGGAGAAAUGGAUGGCUUCGGAGGCUGGGUUUGAGGGCUGGUGUCAUCGAUCAUGGAGGGGAUGAAGCUAGCACCAGCUCCUCAGACAGUGAGCAAAAUAGGGGUGGAAGGUGUGAAAGGGUUAAGGUCCGUUCUUACCGGAAGCGGUCGAAGGAAUUGUCAGCGGUAUAUCAUGGCCAGGUGAUCAAGGCCCAUGAUGGUGCCAUCCUGACAAUGAAGUUUAGUCCUGGUGGGCAGUUUCUUGCAAGUGGUGGUGAAGAUGGAGUUGUCAGGGUCUGGGGUGUCAUGCAGUCUGAGAACUGCAACAUUCCUACAGAUGAUCCUUCUUGUGUUUACCUCAAAGCUAUUCGCAAGUUUGGGUUGGUUCCUGUCGAUGUUGACAAUGAGAAGAAAGGCAAAGUUAAGGGCAUGAAGCAAUCCUCGGAGUCUGCUUGUGUUGUGAUUCCAACAACGGUGUUCCAGAUCUCGGAGGAACCAUUGCAUGAGUUCCAUGGGCACUUGGGCGAUGUACUGGAUCUGUCAUGGUCUAAAAAUAGGCAUCUACUGUCAGCAUCAACAGACAAAACUGUUCGCUUGUGGGAAAUUGGAUCUACAAACUGCAUCACUGUUUUCCCACAUAGCAACUUCGUGACUUGUGUCCAGUUUAAUCCAGCCAAUGAGAAUCGCUUUAUCAGUGGAUCCAUAGAUGGCAAAAUCCGUGUAUGGGAUAUUCCUAGAUGCUGUGUUGUGGAUUGGGUCGAUAUUAGAGACAUGGUAACAGCAGUUUGUUACCGACCUGACGGAAAGGGAGCAGUGGUUGGAACCAUAACUGGGAGUUGUCGAUUUUAUGACACGUCAGAUAGUCUGCUUCGGUUUGAAACACAAAUUGGACUUAAUGGAAAGAAAAAAUCUUCUCUCAAAAGAAUCACUGCUUUUGAGUUUUGCCCAAGCAACCCAAGUAAAUUAAUGGUUACAUCUGCUGACUCAAAGAUCAAAAUACUUGAUGGAACCAUUGUGACUCAGAAUUAUAGUGGACUCCGAAGUGGCUCUUGCCUGUCAUCGGCAACAUUCACUCCAGAUGGGCAGCAUAUAAUUUCUGCUGGUGAAGACUCCAAUAUUUAUGUAUGGAACCAUGAAAACCAAGAUGAAUCUUCAUGGAAACAUGCAAAAAACAUAUGCUCCUCAGAGCGCUUCCACUCCAACAAUGCAGCCAUUGCAAUACCAUGGAAUGGAAAAAAGUCAAGAAGCCCAGUUUCUUUGGCCUCUCAAACUUUGCCACCACAAGGAGAUAAUAUCUGGUGCACGAGUAAGGCUGUCAAGGGCAAUUCAAGCCGCUGUGGAGAAGAUUCUUCCAUGAACAGUUUUGUGUCAAGAUUUGCUGCUCCUGGUAUUUUCAAUUUGAAUCAGGAGUUCUCCAUUGAGUCCUCUUGCAGAAGUUCAGCAACUUGGCCAGAGGAAAUACUACCUUCUUGCUCAGUUCGUGCACUUUUGGAUGAAUCACAGUAUAAGUUUCUAAGGAACUGUUUCCAGGGCACAUCAAACUCCUGGGGUCAAGUGAUAGUUACUGCAGGAUGGGACGGCAAGAUUAGGUCAUUCCAGAAUUAUGGCUUACCAGCGCAUCAGUGAUUAGUUUGAGCAUUUGCUGAAAGUAUACGGCAAUAUUGGCACAUCACAUGGCCUGAAGAGUACUACCCGCGCACCCAGCUAUGCUGGUCCAUUGUGCGGUUUCUUGGUACAAGGCAUCACAUGCUUGGUGCUCCUGCUGAAUGGUACAUGGAGCAGUUCGUACAUAAUCAGCCCGGUGGUCCUUCCAGAUCUCUACAUCAGUGGUUGUUCAUGGCAGGCCCCGUAGAUUGUACCUUUUGUAGAAAUAUUCAAUGUAGAUUAGAUUCGUUCCUUUCCUCCUUCCAAUUGCUCAUUGGUAUACCACAGAAAUGUUAGUCUCAGUUGAGUGUAAAUUUUCCUACCACUGUAUCGUGGGAGCUCAAUCGGAACAGAUACAUAUGUUCCAUUCAAUUAUACAAAAUUCGUUCAUUUGUGAAAAA